UUGUGGGGUAGCCGGAAUAGCAGAGCACGUUGGUGUAUGUGGACAGCAUGGCGACCUCCGGGAAGAGAAAACUUGCUCAACUAAACCUAGAUGAAUUCUUGACCACGGGUCUGGAUUCUGAAGGCGACUCUACAGAGGAAACAAAUAAUGAAGUAUUAGAAGAGAAAGUCAAGACCAAAAAAGUGAAGGUGAAAACGAAGAAAGCACCAACAGCUGAAACCAGAGCGAAGAAGGUGAAGAAUAAAGGCAAAGCGUCCGAGCAUAAGAACCAGCUGUCCCGUCUUCAAGAUAAAGAUCCCGAGUUUUACAAGUUUUUAAAGGAAAAUGACCAAACUCUCCUCAACUUCAAUGACUCUGAUAGCUCAGAUGAAGAAAGUGGUGCUCACCAGCUUCCGGAUCACUUAGAGGAAGUGAAUGAUGAUGAAGAAGAGGCAAGUGAUACAGAGGAAAAAACAAAGAAAAGGAAAAAACUAGAGCAGAUUAUCGUUACCAUGAAAAUGGUGUUCAAGUGGAAGUCGCAAGCUAAGACUGACCUAAGGCCACGGCUCUUUCAUGAGAUUGCUCAAGCUUUCAAAGCUGCAGUGUCAACAACACAAGGAGAAGAGGGUGACAGUCCCAGCAAAUUUAAAGUAACGGACACUGAGGUCUUCAAUGCACUGGUGACAUUCUGUAUCAGGGACCUCUUUGUUCAUCUUGAGAAGAAGCUUGAUGUGAAGCCUGCUAAGGGAACAAAGUUAUCAAAUCCAUCAAGUUGUGCUCUUUGGAAGAAGCUAAAUUUGGAUAUUAAAAUGUAUUUGAACUCUGUCAUCCAGCUCCUGACCUGUCUGACAGAAGCCUCGGUUGGUGCAGCUCUUCUUCAGCACGUGAACAACACUGUACAUUUUUACCUGUGCUUUCCAAAACAAACCCGUCAGCUACUAAAGCAAACCAUUAUUCUUUGGAGUACAGGAGAAGAAACAGUCAGAGUUUUAGCAUUCUUGGUACUAAAUAAGAUCUGCAGACACAGGCAAGACAAGUAUCUCAACCCAGUUCUGAAGAAAAUGUACAUCUCCUACGUGAAGAACUGUAAAUUUACAUCUCCCAACGCCCUGCCAAUGAUCAACUUCAUGCAGCGUACUUUAACCGAGAUGUAUUUGCUGAACAUCCAGGCCUCCUAUCAGCACAUAUUUGUAUACAUCAGACAGCUGGCAAUUCACUUGCGCAGUGCCAUGACUCUAAAGAAGAAGGGGGCUCAUCAGUCUGUGUAUAACUGGCAAUUCAUUCACUGCUUGUAUCUCUGGUGUCGAGUGUUGAGCACAAUUCACCCCAGCGAGGUUCUGGAGCCUCUCAUCUAUCCACUUGUCCAAGUUAUUUCUGGCUGUAUCAGACUUGUUCCAACUAUGCGUUAUUUUCCUUUGAGGAUGCACUGCAUAAGAGCCUUGACUCUGCUGUCGGAGAGUACUGGAGUUUUCAUACCAGUGUUGCCUUUUAUCCUGGAGAUUUUUCAGCAAGCGAACUUUAACAAAAAGCCUGGAAGAAUCAGUGUAAAACCCAUCAACUUUGCAGUGAUCCUGAAAUUGUCUAACACCAACCUGCAGGAGAAAGUGUUUAGGGACGGGCUUAUUGACCAAAUCUAUGACUUGACAAUGGAAUAUUUGCAUACCCAGGCUCACUGCAUUGGGUUUCCUGAGCUGGCUUUGCCAUGUAUAAUCCAGCUGAAAUCUUUCCUGAAGGAAUGCAAAGUAUCCAAUUAUUGCAAGCCAAUGCGCCAACUGCUGGAGAAGAUCCAAGAGAAUUCGUCCUACAUAACUAGCAAAAGGCAGAAGUGCACCUUUGGGGUGUCUGACAGGGAGGCUGUGAUCAAAUGGGAAAAGGAAACCAAGGAAGAGGGGACACCAGUGACCAAAUAUUAUACUAACUGGAAGAAACUACGGGAGAAAGAGAUUCAGCUAGAGAUCUCUGGCAAGGAGAGGAUGGAAGAUUUACAUCUCCCCGAAAUAAAGAGGAAGAGGAUGGAAAAGAAGGAGGAAGAUAAAAAAGAAUUCAAAGACCUGUUUGACUCUGACAGUGAUUCAGAGGGUGGCGGUGGUGGCCUGUCGCUGAAAAAAGGAAAGUCAAAAUCCAAGAAUGAGGAAGACUCUUCUGAUGAGAAUUCUGAGCUGAGCAGUGAUGAAGAAGGGGGGUAUGAAGUUGAAGAUGAUGAAGACAGUGACUCGGAAGGGGAAUCGCAGGAUGAAGACGCGGAGGAGGGGGGAGAAGCCGGAGCCCACAAGAAUAAGAACGAGAAGAAAAAUAAUAAGGGGGUGCAGCGCCUCUCGCAGGCUGAUCUCAAGGAACUAGCCAAGGGGGAAAAAGAUAUUGUGCAGGAUCUGGAAUUCUCAGACGAUGAGUAAACACAGCAGCCCCAGUACUGGUAACCCUUUCCGUGCCCUGCUGCAGUUGCUGGCUGGUCCCCUGCAAGAACCAAACGUACUGUGAAUAAAGUGCCUCCGACAGAUUUAUUGGUGCCCAACCUUGUCCUCAUUGUGGGAAAAGAUUCACGGUAGCACCAGUAUACCAACAAAAUAAAAAAAUGUAUAUUAAAGAUUUGGAUAGCCAAUAUGUUUUGAGACACCCUUCAAGCACCUGCACCCAAGGCCUAGCAAUUAGACCCUGUGCAAUAAUGAAAUAUUGCAGAACCGAUGCGCAGGGAUUAAUACGUCCGCUCAUAAGGGACGUGCGCAAUUGAAGUAUGGCUGAAUUGCUCCGGGACAAUGUGACUCUUGGCCAUUUGGCUACUGUGCCUGUAAGAAGCCAGCCUGAGGAAUCCUUCUGUAUGAAGCUCUGGCCCAGCAUUGUACGCACCCCACCAUUUCUAAACAUCAAGCUGCCAUGUAAAUCGAAUUCUAAUUGCUGCUAAUAUCCCAAGCCCAAGGAUGAACGCACGGAGCGUCUCUUAAAGUGAUUUUCAAUUGAUUGUUUUUAUUUAUCUCUAAUUAGACUCCCAUCUCCCACUGUACGAUUUGGUCUGUUGCGAAAACGGCUGUAACAUUCUGUACAGGACGUGUUGUUUAUAUAAAAAUUAUUCUAAUACUGGUAAAC